AUGCAACGCCAGCCGUAUUAUCGUACGCACUCGCAGCAGAAAUCGACGUCCGAGCGUAGAGCUCAGAGGAACCGCGAGCGAGACCCAUCGUGGGUCCCGCGACCACCGAACGCCUUCAUUAUCUUUCGCGUCGAGUACUCGCGCAAGCACGCGCAGGCCAACCGAGACCGCGCUCCGACACCCGAAAAGACACUCUCAAAGAGAGCCGCUGAAGCCUGGAAGGCGCUCUCCGCCCAGGAGAAAGCGCCGUACAAGCAAAGGGCGGAGCAGGAACGUCUUGACCAUGCAGAAAGGCAUCCCCACUACAGGUACAAGCCCCGCAGACACCAGGACGACGGUCAGGCGGGAACCGUGGCGAUCUCCCGGCGCGAGCAGGUCGAAUCGCUUCUGCGUCGUACCGCAAAUCGGUCGAAGAGCGCCUCCUCGGGGUCGGAGUCUGCGAGCGACUACACGUCGCCUUCCAGUCCGGCUAGCGUCGACUAUUCCUCGUCGUCCCCAGAGCCCCCCACCACGCCGUACCAUGACGACAGUCCCGCGGCGUUCGUGCGACACGGAGGGCGAUCCACGUCGAUGCCUUCUCGGUCUGACGCGCCCCUUCAUCACCAUUUCCAACGUUCCCUGUUGCUCUCGGGGUGCUCGGCGGCUAGCAUGCAUAUCCAACAGCCUAGUGUGCCCACGGGCGUGAAGCAAGAGUUCGCUUCGGAGCCUGCAUCGCCAUACGAUAUCAGCCCAUUUGCGUGGCCCAUCGAGCCCCUGGACGCCGGUUUCAAUCUUUGGUCGAGCGACCUGAGCGCCGGGCUUGCGCAGUCACCAUCGUCGAUGCAGAGCGCCUCAGAUGUGUAUGCGCUCGAGGACACCAACAUUCCAUCUCAGGGGAUUGCGAUCCCACAGGAGGUGCGCCCACCGGCAUCCACAGCGAACGCCAGUAGCUCUUGCCCCACAUCGACAGGCCCCCUCUUGCGGCGGCGCAGGGCGGCAACGGCUUCUGGAGCGCUCCCAUCUCCCCUCACUGUUGUCUCCUCAUCGCUCGCCCACUGGAACACCGUGCCGGUCCCCACCAUGGCCGUCUCAGGGCCGGGCCCAACAGCGGAGUCGGUCAGCGGGGCGCCCAUGCCCACACAACCGUACGCACCAGCGGGCUAUAUGCAGUCGUGGCCGAGCGAGGCAUUCACCUCGACUGAGGGGCUGGCCGUGCCCGCCAGCGAGAUUGACUUCGACCGUACCCCGAGGUCGUCCGAAUUCCCGAUGAACGCGCGCGCGCCGUACGUUCCGCCCACGACUCAGCUGAUCGGCGUGCCGUUCGGGUCUGUUGGGACCGCGUAUGCAGGACAGGUGACGAGGCCGAUGAAUGCCGGUGCAGGUUCGUACAGCGACAUGCAAGCAGAACUCGAGUCGUACACCAUGGGGCUAGCCGAGCUGGGCAUCCAGUCCAACACCCCCAGCAUGUCGCCCUUUGGAGAGCUGGAUAUCAACGAGUUCUUCAAUUUUGACGCGGACGUCAACGCGCAAGGAUAG